AUGUUCGGUGGCAUCUCCUUCGCAACUCAGGGAGCAUCUCAGAUCGCCUCCCCUGACAGGCAGCGCCGAGCUGAUGACCGGACGAACAUGCUUCCAGUCACUGUGCGAAUGCUGGAGAUCGCACAUGCGGCGUCGAAGAGCAAUGGCGAUGGCGAGCUGCAUUUUCAUGGCAGCGAGACCUCUCCUGGGAUGCUGCUGCUGGUGGCAAAUGUGAAGGCUGUCCACGCGCAGCAGACGAAUAUGGCAGAGUUCACCGUGGAGGAUGGCACCGGCGAAUUGAGGGCCCGGUUCUUCGCCACGGAUGGCGAAGCCCAGGAGAAGGCCAUUCAGAGCUUCACCGUCGGCAGUUGGGUGAAGCUCUUUGGUCACUUCCGCAGUAGCCCGUCGCCCCACUUCUCCGUGUCCAUCCUGCGCCCCGUGAAGUCGGCGGACGACGUCACCCACCACCUCCUUGAGGUGGCUCACAGUGCCUUGAAGUGUGCUCAGCAGACUGGGGGACUCAGCGCAGACCUCACGACCCCUGCACCAAAGUUGCAGAGCACUGAACCCUGGACACCCGAGAAGUCCACGACGCCCGAUGCGGAGCCGCACAUGGAGGUGGAUGCUGAAGGUGCUAAAAUGCCAGUCCCGGUCUCCACCCAGAUCACAGUCCUCGAGGGCGUUCCGUUGCGUUCUGCGCUCAUGAAGAUCUUGCAGGCCAAGGCUGAGCAAGGUGAUGAGGUGGGCUAUUCUGCACCUGAGGCGGUGCAGAAGCUGGAGAAGGACAACAAGGUGAGCUUGGAUUCUGUGAAGAAGAUGCUGAUCCAGCUGGUGGAUGAGGGCGAGCUCUUCAACACGACGGAUGAUGAGCACUUUGCCAUCCUCUAA